AUGGUGCGCGCGUGCGUUAGUCCAAAGUCUGUCAGACUGUUCAGAGGGUAGAAGAUGAUACGGAGAAGAAAGCCGAGCGUUAUGAGGGAGAUUUUGAGGAGGAGAAGGAUCGAGAUACUUGGUGCAAUGUUAGCCUCGAAGAGGAAAUGCCCACGUGUUGACCAUGAAGAGGGGGAGGAGGGGAGGAAGGUGUGAGCUGUGUGGAGGUUGACAGUAAUGCUGACAGUAGUGCUGGGGAAGAGGAAGAAAGUGGCGAUAAAGAGAAGGGAGAUGGGGAAGAGGAAGAAAGUGGCGAUAAAGAGAAGGGAGAUGAGGAAGAGGAAGAAAAUGAAGAGGAAGAUGAAGAAGAGGGUGAGAAGAGUCAUUCCCAACUACUCUCUGCAAUCAGUGGUCUGGAUCGUCAGAAGGGGCGUGGCCAGAGAAGUGAGGCCACACCCAAUGUAUCGCAGUUUCAGUCGUCCACCAAUGGUGAAGAGGUGAAGGUGGGAGGGUUGCUGAGGGGAGUGGAGAGCACGGGGACUGACGUAGCGACUCUCCGCAGACAGUUGGCCACACCCACCAGCCACCAGCUGUCUCCCCCAGCAACCACUGGACAAGUGGAGAAGACCCACAGAGCAGUGGCCUACUCAUCUGCCUGCAGGGACGUUGGGAAGUGGUUACCAGUGGUAACUCACAACAGGAAGACCUCUCACCUGUCCUUCCCUCUCCAGGAAGAAGCCCCUCCCCUUCCUUCUCUUUCUUCUCGCGUCCAAGACUUUCAGGCAGUGACAGAGUUGGAGAAGGCUGUGGCGGGGGUUCUGGGGAGGAGUGAGGCCGUCGUCGAGGCAACAGAUGCAGAGCUGACUGCGGCAGAGAGGGAGAAGCUGGUGAAGGUGAUGGGUGAGGAGGGGAGGGAGAGGGUGAGGGAAGGUCGACGGUGGAGGAUGCUCAUGUCGCAGUACGAGGCCAAGUGCCAGAGAGAGAGAAGGGUAAAGAGCAGGAGUCGCCAGGGGAAGUGGGCGAGAGAGGUGCUGGCCAGAGGCAGGAAGGACCCUGCAGCUAGAGCUGCCCUCAGUGAGCACAGCAGGAGAGGCCACACACUCAAACAACAUCUCUCUACCCCCGAGAGUGAGGGAGAGGAAGAGGAGGAAGAAGAGGAGAAUAAUAGUUCCUCAACUUACUUUCACCACGACAACCCUUGGCUCCGAUCUGCUAAACCUACAGAUGAAGGCAAGAUGGAGGAACAAAGAUCAAACGUUGACCCCUCACAACACCUUAUUGAGGAAGAAGAACAUUCUGAGGCCACACCCCCUCCUCAAUUGGAUGACAUCACUUCCUGUCAGCAAACGAAUGUCACUUCCUCUGGGGCGAGGAAGGAGAAGACAGGUCCACCAAUGAUAGACCCGACUGCAUACCUCACUCCCCGGGACGAGGUGGUUCAUCGCCAGAUGGUCACUCCGAAAGUGGAAACAGCUGUGGGCGUGGUCAUCCCACCUCUCAAACUCACUGAUGAUGUGCAAGAGUUUAUAAAGAAUGAGGACAGCAGGAGAGGACACCGUGCUCAUGAUAGGAAGACCACAUAGUGCAGGAGAAUUGAACAUGUAUACAUCGACACACAAUACAACAGUAUUAUACAGUGUUGUGGCUAGUGCUGUCCGCUGUCCUUGCGCAGUUUGUCAGAAUACGCUCGAGAUACGAUGUUCCAUGUCUCCAUGUACCGGUCCAUGCAGGUACCCAGACACUUCUGCAAACACAGACAUCGUAAGAUCUCAUAAUAAGCAUUAGUUUGUGACAAGACCCCCAACCUGUUCACGGCUCUCAAGACUGGUACUAGGUGAUGUUACACACUUUCUGAAACACUUGUCUGACAUUUUCUGAAAGGAAGAAGAUAGUAUGUCGCCAGGGGGCCACUAUCAACUCACCAUUAUCAUCUCUUGCAGGUUAGCAACUGCAAUCUGACUCCGCACUUGCUCCAUAACCCGCCCCUUCUCCUGAGAUGCCCCGUAAUCCACUCCUCCAUUCCCAAACCCACUCUUGUAGCUACUCAUCUCCAGCAACUCAGAGAAAUCCACACGUGCGUAUAGCUCUAAUUAACGUGCACCUUCUUUUAGUGACGUCAUUGCGUCAGGUGACCUCUCUUGUUGAAGAAAAGAGCGGUGCUUGUGUUCAGAGCUAGUAGCUGGUACUGUGAUGGCUGAUUUGCUGGGUGCGCGGCCCGAGUUCACUGACGCCAAGUCUCUUCCUCGCUGGAGCUCCACGGAACACGAGGUUCUCCCUGAACUGGACCCGCAGACCUUGCCAAACGCUCACGUGAUCAAUCCUUUCCCUGUGCGGGCGGACCUGAAUGACAAGAUAACUCUGUGGGCAGGAGAUGUGGCCAGUCUGUCAGUGGAGGUAGUUGUCAAUCCAACCAAUGAGAAUCUGUCUGACAAGAACCCAGUCAGCUCUCGACUGCUGGAGGUGGCCGGUCCCGAGCUCAAGGAAGAGUGCAAGAACCAAAUUAUUAGCUGCAGGACAGGUGAAGCCAAGAUCACAGGAGCCUACAAGUUACCUGCAAGACAUGUCAUCCACACAGUCGGACCACGGUACAAUAUCCGUUACAAGACAGCUGCCGAGAGUGCUCUCUACAACUGCUACCGCAGCGUCAUGCAGAUUGUCCGGCAACGUCGCUUAGCUACCGUAGCAUUUAGCACACUCAACUCCAGUCGCCGUGGUUACCCUCCCGAGGAUGGGGCUCACAUUGCAAUCCGUACCAUCCGAAGGUUUCUGGAACACUAUGGAGACACCAUUGAUGUUGUUGUGUUUGUUGCCGACAGCAACGAGAUGGUGUAUGACAAAGUCCUUCCAGUCUAUUUCCCUAGAACAAAGGCAGAGCUGGAAUGGGCCAUGCCCAUCAUUCCUGCAGAUAUUGGUAACGAGUUUGGUGAGCCAGUGAUAACGGAGAGGGGAAUAAGAAUAUCAGGAGAUCCAAUCUCAGGGAGAGAGGGGGAGGAGGAAGAAGAAGAAGAGGAAGAGGAGGAGGAGGAGGAGGAGGAGGAAGAGUUGGUGGAGGAGGUUGGAAGCCACCCGUUUGCGGCCAUGACUCCAGACCAGGAUGCAGAGAGGAGGAGAGAAUUGGGAAGAUCCAGACCUCCGUCACAAGAGGAAAUACAGCAGAGAAAGUACCAGGAGAUGCUGCACCGAGCCAGAACAGAGGUGUUCUCCGACCUCUCUGACCUCAACGCCCUCUACAAGGCAGGCCGCGACUAUCUCGGUCGGCCCGUUGUGGUCUACGUUGGUAACAGAUUCCCUGCUGCAAGCUUUGACCUCUCCCGGGCAAAGGCGUACUUCAUUCAAGUGAUGGAGAGCAUUGUGCACCACGAUUACAUCAUAGUUUAUUUAAAUUCUGCCAUUCAGUCAGACAGACCUCCAGACGCUAGUUUCUUCAGAGAUCUGUACACUCUCCUAGACUCCAAGUAUAAAAGGAAUCUGAGAGCUCUGUAUGUGGUCCAUCCUACCUGGUGGUUCAAGUUGCAGGCGUGGUGGUUCCUGACAUUCACUGCCGGGGAGAUCAAGGACAGAGUCCACUACCUCACUGGAGUCCAGUACCUCUACGACACCAUUAACCCUGACCAGAUUGACAUUCCUCAGUUUGUCAUGGAUCACGAUCAGAAUUUGAAUGGCUCCAACUACUACACUCCUGGCAGUAAAGGAGAUGAAGCCAGUGGUGGGCUCUAAUUAGAACGUUUGGACAGAUCUUGUGUGUUUGUGCUGUCCGAAAGAUGUAAAUUUUUUUAUUGGCUCAAAAAUACAUAAUAUGAACGUUUGUACAAAACAUGAUUGCGGGAUGAGCUUAUUGCGGGAUGAAACCUAGGUUCUUUUUUGCUCUCUUUCUUGCGGUCCACCAGUACCACGACUGACUCUGUAGACCUUGUUAGAGUAAUGGAGGCCGUCCACAUCGCCUCCUAGCAACAGAAGGUCUCCACAAGAUAAGAGGAUGACGCUGGCAGAGACACUGACGCGAGGAAUCGUUCCUGCAGACAACCAGUCUCCCUCAUGCCAGAGAUACACUUGGAGCCCUCCCUCGUCACUGGGUGAGGAGGGAAACAAUGCCAGGUGGUGUCCCACCGACACAAUCCGAGACACAAGGAAAGGGGGUGCGACAAACUCCUCCCAGUUAAUGUGCGGAGUACUGUUGCUUGUAGAUGGUUUGGUUGACAAAACCUGUCCUUCCUCUUCUUCCUCUUUUCUCUCCUCCUCUUCUUCCCUCUUCUCUUCUUCCUCUUUUCUCUCCUCUUCUUCCU